AUUGCGAAGAAGGGGGAGUAUCCCAGCUGGGGGGAUUGUGCGCGGUGGUGGAAUCGGAGGGGGACGGGAUCAGUCACUGUGGAGUUAUUGGAUACCACCACUGGCCUCGGAACUGGAAGGCUGGCUCCCAUCCUGCACGCGCCGGUGAUGAGCAGCCUGAACGAUGUGAUGCUGCGCGCGGUGCGGCUGAGCGAGCCGAACAUGGCGCGGCCGCCGGACCCGGGCGCCGCCGCCGCCAAGGAGGCCAUCCACUCGGGACACUUCAUGGUGUCCAACUUCGAGCGCGAGGAGGAGGAGGAGGAGGAGCGGCUGAACGCGCCCAUCCUCGACGACGGCUGCUCGGGCGACAGCGACAGUCUGGUAGGCGAGAUGGCCGCGCAGGACUCACCCGGCUCGGUGCAGAAGCUCAGUAUCGACGGCACGCUCACCAAGCUGUUCAACACGCUCACAAUCGCCUACAACGAGCAGAUCACCAACCCGCGCUGGAACAUGUUCAAGGGCAUGAAGCUCAACAUGAAGGAUAAGAUCCGAUUGAACAACGUGAUCUGGCGCUGCUGGCACAUCCAGUUCGUGAAGAAGCAGAACCGCGGCGUCUGCCACUUCGCGUCGUCUGCCGAGGGCGAGCAGCACAAGCCCGUGUCGGUGGUGCUCGAGGGUAAGUACUGGAAGCGCAAGCCGGAGGCCGUGACGGCCGAGUACAAAAAGUGGCGUCUGUUCAACAAAAAUCGCGUGGAGCGUCAGCGGGCGCGCGCGCUGGGCUUCAUCAGCCCGCUGCCGCCGCCCGACUGGUCCGCCUCGUUCUGCGGCUCGCUGGAGGCGGGCACCGACGACAUGGACCUGACUGACUUCUCCGACGGCCUCAUGGACAUGCUGAUGCAGCAGCCGUACACGUUCCCCAAUCCGCGCGAGAUCCGUGUCGGCGUGGCCGACUUCAUCCAGCCGAGUCUGGUGCAGCUGCAGCCCAACCUCAGCGAUAUGGACUUCAUGGACACGCUGGAGCCGCUGCAGGACUGGCUGUGCAGUCGGCUGCCGACGGUGGACGAGGAGCCUUUACCGGUGCCGGCCGAGCCGCCGCCGCUGCCGCCUCCUCCUCCACCGCCGCCGUUGUCGUCGUCGCUCGGCUUGUCCGACCCGAUGGUGGUGGAACCGGCGCUGAUGGAGCGCCCGCCGCCGCCGCCGCCGGCGCCGCCGACGCCGCCGACGCCGCCGGCGCCGCAGCGGCUGCCACAGCAGCUGGUGGCACCCGCGCAGAGCCUGGGCUUCGCGCCGGCUGUGGUGGUCACCUCGGCGGCGGCGACCAUGGCGCAGAUCGCUGUGCUACCGGCGGCCGGCGCCGUUCCGCCGCGCCCGGUGGCCUCUCCCCCGGAGCCGGCCGGCCGCGGCGUCUACAAGGAGCACCGGCGCGCCUGCCACAUCAACGCCGAGCAGAAGCGGCGCGGCAACAUCAAGAGCGGGUUCGACGUGCUGUACAGCCUGGUGCCGACGCUGCGCAGCAGCAGCAGCGCCAAGGUCAGCAAGGCGGCCAUGCUGCACCAGGGCGCCGACUACAUCAGCGAGCUGAAGACGGAGCGUUCGCGGCUGCAGGCGGAGGCAGAAGAUCUGAAGCGCGAGAUCGAGCGGCUCAACCAGCAGAUCAACAACUGUCAGGCCAUGCUGCCAGCCACCGGCGCGCCGGUGACGCGGGCCCGCCAGAGCAAGACCCAGGAGAUGUUCGAGGACUACAUCCGCGAGCGUACGCUGCAGAACUGGCGCUUCUACGUGUUCUCGAAGCUGCUGCCGCCCCUGCUGGAGAGCUUCAGCACCACGGUGUCGACGUCCAACCUGGACGAGCUGUGCCGCACGGUGCUGGCCUGGCAGGAGCAGAGCUGCGGACUGGUGCAGUUUCGGCCGCGCGCCACCACCGCCCUCUGCGAGCUCUCCAAGACGACCAGCAUCCUCAGCGACCCGGCCCGGCUGCCCAUGGAGGCGGUCAACGCCGUGACGCGCCUGCGCCGGCCGUCGGCGAGCGGCGAGGAGGCCGAGCUGACGCGGCAGCCGAGGAACGACGCCGUCUGACGCGCCGACCGACGCCGGACGCCGCCGGACGGACGGCGCCGCCCGCUGUCGGUGGGCCCGGACCCGGGCCGGGCGAGGGCGAGCCGGCCGGCCGCUGGCUGGACGCCGUGACUCGGCUGCGACUCGCGACCGUGGCAGCCGUCGCGCGCACACCAGAGGUCCGCCCACCCGCAAGCCGCCGCCGCACAUAACAGGCUGACUCAACCUGAAGACAUUGUUCAAGUACAACACGUCGGACGCGGGCGCGAGCGUGGCCGCGUCGGCGCAGUGCCUGCGGCGACGACCGCAGGGUGCGGAGAGCGCCGCCGCGGCACCGGCGCGCCUGCGGUGUAGAGUAGCGCGCCCGGCGGGCCGGCGUCAGCCGGUGCCGGGGUCCGGCGCGUUUUUUGCAACACGCACGGCGCCGGGCAGCUCGCCGGGCGUCUCCCGUUUAGCGGAGUCCGGUCCGAUGCGGCGCAGCGCCGGGCUCGCGCCCGAGCCGCGUAAAGUGCCGCCGAGCCGCGCCGUGGCGCGGGACGGCCGUGCCGGUCGGUGUGGGCAGGUGUUGAGAGGAGUGCUGGCGCGCCAGCGGGCUCCUCACACCUCGCCGCUCUGCUAGCCAAUGCUGCCAAAACGGGAUCGCGGCCGGCGCGUCGCGCGACGUUUAAUGGCAGAGCUUUUGUCCGGAAUGUCACCCUUCGCGGUGGCGCCGUUUCGACCCAUCCGCCCGGUGACUCCGUUGCACCCGUCAGCUUUGGAUUGUGGCGCAUUGUUCUGAGUUUGUGUUCAGGACAGUGCUUGAUUGGCUGGGCUUUUGCCGACGUGAUUGCGCUGCCGGAGAUGCGACUCGACGCUUGGGGUGGGGAGGCGUCUGGAGACGGCGUUCUUGUAUCUUUUUGCCCGUUACCCCGCGUCCAUGCUGGUCGCGACGUAUUAACCAGAUCUUUUCUCCUUGUUUUGCAUGCCGCCAUUGUACUGUGCAAUAUGAGGGGUGUGCGCCGGCCGGCUGCCUGCUCUGGUGGCGAGGGCGACCCGCGCAACCGGCCGCACCUGUAGAGAAUAUAUUUUAUGAACGCUC